AUGUCAGUCGAUAGUAAUUCCAAGGGAUACUGGAGACCUACCGAACAAUUACUAUAUGGGGUAGUUGUAAAACCAUUUUUACCGUUAGUGAAACACCCAGAGUUAGUAAAUCAUACCAAUUCCUAUGCAAACCUUUUUGCAGGUUCAGAGGUAUAUAUAUUUGAAGAGACAAUCGAUCAGAAAUGGUGCCGUGCCUAUUUUUGUUCAAAGCCCUUGCCUGAAGCAUUUGUGGCGACAAUGACCGCAUUUGGUGAACAAUUGCCAGGUAUUAAGACUACCAUCGUUAUAGUCCCCAAAUCAUUUGUUCAUAUUAGCAGCAAUGAAGAUAAUAAUAUCAUAUCGAUAUUUACAUCUCCCGAUCAAAGUCAUGUUGAUAGUAUGUUGAGUGAAAAAUGCACUAGUCCAACAUUUUCAGAUACCAUAAACAUAAAUAAAGAAACGGAAGUUAAAGCACUGAGUUAUAAGAAACCACCUAGACCAUCGUUUCCAUAUGGAAGAUAUAAUAAACGACCCCUGAGAGAUGAAAUUGGUGCGAUCUUAUUUUUAUUAUCUUCCCAUAUUUUUUCAACAUAUGCAGCCAGUGAGUUCGAAGUAUACAAUAAACUAAUUCAAUUAUACCAGAAAUUAGAUGAUAUACGUUUAAUACUCGUAUUUGACCUAUAUACCCAGGCUGAACAUUUAGAAUUAAUUAGAUCAGCAUCAUGCUUACUCUCUAAGAUAGCCAAAUAUAUUUUUGCAAGCGGGAGACAUAAUAAUUCUCAUAGUUUAACCUCUAUAUCAUCAAAGGAUCCUUGCGGGUUUCAAGGUAUCUUUGCAAGAGAUAUAAAUACAGGUGAAUUACUUUCAUAUGAUAGCACAGAUUUACAGACACUCGUUAUGAGUUCUGUAUUUUAUGGAUUAACAAAUAAUUUCCCAAUUAGUGGAUCUCAAAGAUUAAAUUUAAAGAUUAGACCUCCAAAUUUAGAAAAUUUCGCUCAUUUUCAUUUCUUAGUGGAUUUUAAAGAUAUUAGAUCAGAUCCAUCAGUAAUACAUCCAAAUCUUGAAAAUGUCAUUACUGCUGUUUAUUUAAGAACAAAAGAUGAAAUAUUAACUGAACCAUAUAUUGUGAAUAUGACGACAAACAGAGAUAUAUCACUUUCAUUACGACAAUCCUCUGUUGUCUUAUUUAAAGAUAUCCCAGAUUCAAUCAUUAGAAAAAACAAAAUCUACCUUGUAGUGGUUCUAACAGAAAGGAUAUCAGUUCAAAUUAAAGAGAAGACCUCAGCAAAUAUUGCAAGAUCACCGUUUAUACCUUUCAAAUCUACAACAAAGGGCUCUAUUGAUUCGGUCAUCCGUGGUAUUUCUGCUGGUAUUACUGAUAUUUCGCCAGUAUUUGUGGAUACUGAAAACGAUUUAAAUCAGCGUCCUCAUAAAUUCAAGAUCCAUUUCUAUGCGGCAAUUGAUGAUAAAGUAGCAUUAACUCCGAAUGAAUCAGAUUCAUGUCCCGGUUGGGGUGGCAUUAUACCAAGGAUUCUACAUGAUGCCGAUGAUGGCGUAAUAAUAAAUCCUAGAACACUUUCUAUGACAGUAAAUAUAAAAGAUAUUGGAAACGAUAAGACUCUCGAAGAAUCAUUUACUCCAAUCAAUAUACCUGUGCGAACAGUUAAAGCAAAUUUUUUUAAUGACAUGUACAAUCCACAGGAAGUAAUUUAUUUGAACGUUUCAUGUGCAACCUUAGUUGACAUUCAAAAGAAAGUAACAAAUAUCAAAAGUAUUGCAAUAAAAGUUCUUACAAACAACAAAAAUGUGAAAAUGAAUAUUUAUUCGAAUGAAAAAUUACAUAAUGAAAUAGAAUUUGUGUCCGUUUUACCUGGUGAGAUGAUUGGAGGAAGAGUUAGGAUUCAUAACAUAGACCAGAUGGGUAAUUCUGAAAGUCUUACUGUACUUGCAUAUUUAAACGGAUUACUGAUGGCAAAGGGUGAAAUAUUAUUAAAGAAAAAUGAUAACAUAAUUGAGCAUAAAAAUGGUGCAACCAUUACGUUAAUGUCGUCAGAGAAUAAAAAAUUAAUUAAUUUGAAGAUUAGUUCAGAAUACCCAGGAAAUAACUACAAUGUUGAUAAUGAAAUAGAGGAAUUUACUAAAGUUGUCCAGGAUUACGCAACAGACAAGAACGUGUAUGAAGGUGAUGUUUUGGAAAUUCUAAAAAAAUUAAACGAAGUAGACACUUCAGUUCUGUUGAAAACAAUCGACUUGUUGUUAUUUAAUUAUUUGGAAUUUAUUAGAUUGAUUACCGAAGCUGGAAGUACAACGAAUUCUGAUAGGUUUGCUGAUAACGUAUUUGAAUAUUUUAUCUUAUUCUUGAAGAAGACUUUAUCGUCAAAAGAUAAAAAUUGUAGGCAUAAGCUUUUUAAAAUGUACUACAAAUAUUGCACAGGGGUCAACUCAAAUUUACCAAUUACUGGUUUACAACUCCUUGAAUGCUUAGCUCAUGCUUAUUCCACCAAAAGAGGGAGUAAUGAUGAAUAUGCAAUUGCCCUAUGUGAAUUCUCCGUUUUUGUAUUAUUGCUAUCAGUAAUAUCUUCGGAUAAUCAAAGAGAUGAAUGGAAGGUAGUGUAUGCUACGACAUUCGAAGAGUAUUGUAUAUAUCUGAGUGCCUCGUUCCAACAUAUAACAGUUGGCCAACAGGCAAUGCUACAAACGUAUGACAUUUGGCUUUCAAUUCUAGAAUUACAUUUUGAACAAAAAGAAUUGUUUACUAUGGCAACUAUGGUCAUCAUGUCCUUACAGUAUGAUAUUGAUGAAUGGUGCUGUAAUGUGAAGAAACUUAAUAAUGAUGAGCACAACUUCUUGAACACCAAAUAUCUAUUGUUACAAAGGAUAUUAUUAUACGAACCAUUCAAAAACUAUUUAAGAAAUUUCGAAGAGGACGACCCAAUGAUUUUAACUUUUUUCCAAAAAUCAAUAAACACUAGUUUGAUACCAUACGUUCUUUUCAGGAAUGAUCCAUCCCAGAUGGAUACUAUUCGAUUAGCAAAUAGUGUCAUGAUUGUUGUCAUCAGGAAUAUAACUAAUUCCAAUAUAUUAAAAAAUUUAAUUAGAUUGAUUCCAUCAUACUGUCUCUAUUUUAUCCAAAUUAGAAGGUACUGUAAGGAUGUUGGAUUAUUCAAACCUCGUAGAACGUUUACUGAACUAUUUCCGUUAAAGUAUCCUUUUACAAAGUACUACGUAGACUCGAUUGUCAACGAUGAGAUCAUAGUAGAGAUACUAAUGGAAAUAUCAACUUUGAUCUGUCAAUUGGCUAAGAUUGCACACCAAUUAUAUGGUAGUGACUUAUCAUUCAAGAGAAUCGUUCAAGAAUGUAGGGAAAAUAUAAAUUUCGAGUCUCAAUUUUAUCUUGAAGAUAUGAACCUUCACGAUAUCGAGUUAGUAAUCCGAACCAUCAGAGCAUUUUUCAUGGAUGAUUACUUUCCGGAGAGAAAAUGGUUAGGAAUUACUGCUCUAUUAGCAAGGUCAUCACUGAUACUACUUUAUAUGUGCCAAGACACUAUAGAAGACCUACAAAUAUUACCAGAUAGUAAUGAUCCAAAGAGCAUAACUUUAAAGACUUGGUGUGAUUUUUUUAAAAGCAUAUUAAUGAUAGCAAAUCAUAAGAUUUCAAAUUUACCGCAACUAGCUCCUAUAUCAAGGAAAGCAGUAUACAAUAUAAGUGGCGAAUUGAGGGUCAAUGCAGCUGUGAUCUUAGAACGGUCUUGGAAUUUUCUCUCUAGAGGUAGCAAAAGAAAUGAUUUAGCUGAAAAAUAUGGGAUUGAAGGUCUUAACGAUGUCCAAUUAUUACUUUUCAGGGAGAACCCAACAUUAAUACGAGAGCUGUACAUUUUUGCACUACAUCAGGAUAUUUCAGCCACUAUCGUUUGUUGUAAGAUUUUUUGGUGUAUAACUGUAAAUGUUUGGGAUCGGGAACAUUCAUUCCAGAAAUGCCUGGAUUAUUCUAUUCCAGAAUUAUACAAUGGAUUUCAAGCAGGCAGAAUUUAUCUACACGAGUAUGAAUUGACAUGCUUUGUACAAUGCUUAUUCCUAAUGAUUCAUGUUGCAGUUGAUGACGAAAUGUUUGAUGAUUUAACAGCUUUUUUGAAAGAAAUUAUUGGUUUCUUACAUAUUUUAAUGGAGGCGUAUAAAAUCCCUAAACAACCAGAAUAUGACGAUGACCGAAUAGCGUCCCAAAUUGAAAUGUUUAGUUAUUUAUUGGAUGCCAAUAAACCUGAAUUAUUUCACAGAAUGUUGUAUGAAAUAUAUGUUCAUUCUAUUAAGAAAAAAGAUUAUGUUCAGGCAGGUUUAAGUCUAGAAUUAUUAGCCAGUACAUACACCUGGGAUACUAGUGACGUUUUACAAGCAAUACCGUACCCGCCAUUACCUAUUCAGUCAUCUUUUGAUAGAAAAGAAUAUUUAUUCAAGGAGUCUGCUAAAUUUUUUACGAAAGGGUUGAAGUUGGAGAAGGCAUUAUCUGUGUAUAAAGACCUUAUUAAGGCUUAUGAUGAAAUUAAUUAUAAUUUAAACGGAUUAGCAUUUGCAUAUAACCAAAUUUCGACAAUUUACACAGACCUACAGUCUGUGGAUAGACUUGUUCCAACUUAUUUUAAAGUUUCCUUUAUGGGGUUUGGAUUUUCCAGCUCAUUAAGAAACAAAACGUUUAUAUUUGAAGGUUUACCAUUUGAGCACAUAACAUCAAUGCAAAAUCGUUUAUUAAAUGUUUACCAUGGCUCUUCAAUAAUUCAAUCUGCAGACGAAGUCUCAAAACUUUUAAUUAAACCUACUAUGGGUAGAUGCAUAAAUGUGACUACCGUAGAACCUAGAUUUUACAUUUCUAAUGAUUAUACUAGAAGCCAAAAUAUGCCAAAUAUGAACAACAAGAUUAGAAUGUAUAUCGAAAACAGGGAUUUAAAUUCAUUCAGUUCUUCCAGAAGAUUACCUGGUGCAACAAAUGUGGCUGAUUUAUGGGUCGAAGAAUCAACAUACACAACAGCGUCAACAUUUCCAACAUUAAUGUACAGAGCAGAAAUUAUAGAAACACAAACAAGGAAACUUUCUCCUGUAGAAAACGCGAUAAGAUCCUUACAAGUAAAGAUUCAAGAAUUGAGUGGUCUUUUAAAUAUGGGUCAUAAGAUUCUAAAAGAGAAGGGAGAUUCAUUGGAAAUUUUCGAAGAAUUAUCCAGAAAUAUUACUGGUACCAUAUCUGCUCCAAUUAACGGAGGUAGUAUGCAGUACAAAGUGUUUAUAAAAGGGCCGAACUCAGCUGAUAUAGACCCAUUGGAUAUAUCUAAAUUAAUUGGCGCAUAUGAUGAAUUGACAAUACAAUUAAAUGCGUGUCUGACUUUACAUCUGGAUUUAUUACCUUCAGAUGAUUUAAAGGACAAUCACUAUGUGCUAGCAGAGUUAUUUAGAAAAAAUUUUGCGGAAGAAAUACUAAGAAACCACAGUAUUAUCGAUGCUUCAAAUCAGGUUCUUGUCAAGAAAACAACUUCAAGAAGAAAUUCAAUCAAGAACCCCAAUAAGAUCAUGGCCAUGUCGUCAUGGGAUAUGCCACCUCCUUCGUCAUCAUCAUCAUCUGUCCCUUACAAAGAUAAUCAAUCACAUGCAGUUGACCUGCUAUCACCUGACGAUAGGAUACUGACCAAAUAUAUGGGAAGACGAAAUUCACGUAGUUCUUCUAAUAUCAACCUAAAUUUAGCGUUGACACCGACGGUAUCCAAUGGAUCCAAUGCAUCGAAUUCUACUUCUAAUACAUUUUACCAUGAUUGA